CGGGCCCGUAGCAAUCUAUGAACUAACCUUCACUUCUAUCACUAAAUUUAUAUUUCAAGCUAAUAAAUACAUGCAUAUAUAUCGAUCCUUAAUUAAUUAACGUACAAAUAGUACACCAUGCAAUCUCCAUUUCGAAAUUAAAAAGAAAAAGGAAAAAAAUUCCAUGCAACUAGGAUAAUGCAAUGCAACCAUAUCGUACACAUAAAUAGGGAAAAAAAAUCUCAUACAUAAAGCUAGCAUAUAUAGGUCUUUUCGAAACCAAAUUAAUAUUGUCUAUAAUUAGAAACUUUUCUUCUUCACAUUCUCUGAAAAAGGCAUAAGGUUUGGAAAGAUCAAAGAUGCCUUAUAGCAUAGAGAAUCCUUUAUCUCUAAGAAGUGAUCACUCACUUGUACCCAAAAGAAGCACAUCUUUCCCACUACAACUUCCCGGAAAAUGGUUAAUGAACCAAACCAUAAAAAAGCCCUUGAAAAACGUACACCAUAGAGAGUCGAGUAUUUGCCCUCCGAGUUCUUCUACUGAUAAUAAGUCAUGUGUAGGAUGGGUCUCAUCACUGUUGUGUGAGUGUGUAAAAGCGAUCUCCCAGGGAAACCCUAGUAAAAGCCAACAACUUCUUUGGGUGUUAAAUGAGGUUGCUUCUGCUUAUGGAGAUUGUGAUCAAAGAUUAGCAUAUUACUUCUUACAAGCCCUUUUUGCCAAAGCAAACAACUCGGGACUUCAAUUCUAUAGCACCAUAAAAUUUGUUGAGGAGAAAAACUAUUGCUUUGACACAUAUGUUAAGCUUAUGUUGAAGUUCCAAGAGGUGAGUCCAUGGACAACUUUUGGUCAUGUAGCUUCAAAUGGUGCAAUAUUGGAAGCCUUAGAAGGGGAGAACAAUUUGCAUAUAAUUGACUUAAGCAACACCCUUUGCACCCAAUGGCCUAUGUUGCUUGAGUCUUUAGCCACAAGAAAUGAUGAAACCCCACAUCUAAGGCUCACACUAGUUGUACCUACAAGCUUAGAAAUAAUAAUUACCAAAGAGAUUAGCAAAAAAAUGGAGAAGUUUGCAAGGCUAAUGGGUGUUCCCUUCAAAUUUCAUGUGAUUAGUGGAUUGGAUUGCCUAGGUCAGAUCAAAAUAGAGGAUUUGUGUUUACAAGAUGGUGAGGCAGUUGUUGUGAAUUGUAUCCAAGCCUUGCAAAGAGUUCAUGUGGAUAAAAGAAGAGAUGUAAUUGACAUGAUUCGAUCCAUCAAGCCUAGAGUUGUAACCAUUGUAGAGGAAGAAGUUGAUCUUACAACCAUAACAAGUAGUGACUUUGGUAAGUGUUUUGAAGAAUGCUUAAAAUUUUAUAAGCUAUACUUUGAGAUGCUUGAGGAAAGCUUUCCUCCAAUUAGUAAUGAAAGGCUUAAACUAGAGAGUAAGAGAUCAAGGAAUAUAGUGAAUGCCCUAGCUUGUGAAAAUGGUGAAAUCGGAGAGGAAUAUUGGAGACCAGAUAAAGCAAGCCAAUGGAGUAAGAGGUUCCUUAACCAAGCAUUUACACCCUUUCAUUACAACGACGAAAUUCUUGGUGAUGUUCGAGCAUUGUUAAGAAGAUACAACACUAGUUGGGAUCUAGCCUUACCACAACAACAUGAUCAUCAAGUUGGAAUACACUUAAAAUGGAAAGACGAACCAGUUGUCUGGGCUUCAGCAUGGAAACCUAACCUCUCUGCAUCUCCUCCAAAUCCAUCCUAGGGUUUUUCUGGAUCGUUCCAAUUUUAUCAGACGUCUCCGAAGAGACCAUCCUAGGAUAUGUAGCAUACUUCUACCUCUAUUCUCCUCUAUUUAUGCUUACAUAUUAAGCCUUAUUUAAUGUUUGAAAGUGCUUGAAUUUGUACCUUUGUUUUAUUAAUUAUUAUAUAAUUAUUUC